UCGGUCCCGUGAUUUUUUACUCUGAGAAGUAAAGCCGCUCCUGUUUUUUUGACACCGUAUGACUAGCGCUUUGAGUAGUUUGUUACUUGUUCACUAAACUGAUUCAAACAUAGCAACGACAAAAUGGAUCCGGCCAUGAUAGACCAGCUUUCGCCGAAGGAUCGGCAGCUGGUUUUGGCGCAGAUGAACGACAUGCAAGUGGCGGAGUCGAUGAACACGUACUUAAUUAUUUGCGGAACACUUUUGGUUUUGCAAAAUGAAAACCAACUGAAAAAAGUUGUAGCGAAACCGUAUCAUGAAAAGCGUUGAUGUAUCAUGUUGGGUAAUUUUGUGCAAACCAAAACCAACCCCCAAAAGGUACAACAACCUUGUAGAGAGGUGUUUCGGCGAAUGUGUGAACACCUUCCGAUCCAAAGCCCUUGACGACGCGGAGGAGGGGUGCGCAAAGCGGUGCGUGCAGAAGUUUAUGUCCUACUCACAACGCGUAGCGCAGCGAUUCGCGGAAAAGAACGCUGCGGUUGCAGGAUUAAAGUGAGAUAGUGUGAGAUCUUCGAUGUGAGGAAUGAAGGAAAAGCGAACGCAUGCUGCAUAUCCAAAUAAAAAUCGGGAUACAACUGCGACGGUAGUCAAUGGUGAAUA